AUGUCUGGACACACAGUGGAUAGGUGCUAUAAGAAACAUGGAUUCCUUCCCGAUUGGAUUCAAGGCUACAAAACUAAGAAUAAACAGCCAGUUACAACAUCAGUCUUGAACAAUUCAGAUCUGGGAAUAACAUCUGAGCAAUUACAGAAACUUAUCUCAGCUUUUCGGACUCAACAAACACAACCAUCCGGACCAUCUAGUUCAAAUGUGACUUCUGCUAUUGCUUUAACUCCUAAGUUUGAUGAGCUACACACAGACAGUGAAGACAAGUUCUCUAUUAACUCCUUUUCUUUAAGUUCUCACACUUGGAUCCUUGACUCGGGAGCCACAAAUAACAUAGUGUGCUCCCUUGACUGUCUUACCAAUUAUCACAUGGUGGAUGAGGUUAAAGUGAACCUCCCUACUGGCCAAUGUAUAUCAGUUGAACAUAUAGGGGAUGCCAAGCUAAGUGAGAAUCUAUGCCUAAAGGAAGCACUGCAUAUCCCAUCUUUCAAGUUUAAUAUUGUUUCUGUGAGUAAAUUGAUUGAGGAUGCUGCAUAUACACUGACUUUCAUGUCCAAACAAUGCACAAUUCAGGGUAUUCAUGGGCAGAUAGUUGGUUUAGCUAAAGAAGAAAAUGGCCUAUACAUAUUGGUGGAACCAAAGUCACAAAAUAAGUGCUAUGUUAUGCAGUGCACUAGUCCGGAGCUUUGGCAUCAAAGGCUGGGGAUGCCUUCUCCGGUGAUCAAUCUCUCCACUCCAUAUCAGAUGUUGUAUGGCAGCUCCCCUGACAUAUCUUCUCUAAGAGUUUUUGGCUGCUUAUCCUACGCUGCCACUAACUCUAAGGCAAGACACAAAAUGGCUCCCCGGGGCAAAAGGUAUAUUUUUCUUGGUUUUCCAGCUGGAAUCAAAGGAUAUUUGUUGUAUGAUGCAGAUGAAGGAUCCACCAUUAUAUCUGGAGAUGUUACAUUCUAUGAAGGCCAGUUCCCCAUGGCAGAGAAGGAUGUGCUUGAUCCCACUCAGUCCUCACAGCCAUCUCUACCCAAUGUCCCUAUCUCCAUGGACAUAGACUUGGAUGAUCAGUAG